AUGCCUGCAAACUCCCAAUCGACAUCCGUCAAUUCCACCUCUGGACCUCCAGCGUGGCUUUUCUCCAAUAACAGUAACAGCACGAGCACGACCGCUGCCGCAUCUGCUACAAACUCUUCUUCCAACAUGGCCAAGACCAAGAAGGUUUCCAAGAAGGAGGCUCCGUCGGCAGCCUCUGCUGGCGCCCCUCCUGCCCAGCUGAUGGAUCUGGUCGAAGACUUCUUGUCUGGCUCAGGCUUUGCCGAUGCCCACCGCGAGUUCAAGAAGCACCGAGCCGAUAAGGGUUGGAAGUCAGAGGCCGACAAGAAGAAGAAGAAGGAUCAGAAGAAGGGCCACCACUCGCUUGUCAGCGUCUUCCAGACAUGGGAGACCUUCUCCAACAAGGAUGCCACCCCCGCCGUCGCCAAGAAGGAGAUUCUCGAGGUUACCAAGGUCAGCAGCAGCAGCGAGAGCGACUCGAGCAGCGAUAGUGACAGCGACUCCGACUCUGACUCCGACUCGGGCAAAGAUGUCGACAUGGCCGAUGCUCCUGCUGCCAAUGAUGAUAGCGACUCCUCGUCUAGCUCGAGCUCGAGCUCCAGCUCUAGCGAUAGCUCGGAUAGCGACAGCGACAGCGACGAUGAAGCUGCAAAGGCCCCUGCAAAGCCGGCUACAACCAACCGCCUGAAGCGCAAGGCCAAGUCUGACAGCGAGAGCUCUUCUUCCUCGUCCGAGUCAGACUCUGACUCCAGCUCAGACUCCGAGGACGAAAAGCCCAAGGUCAAGAAGGUCAAGACUGCCUCGAGCGACUCAUCGUCUUCCUCAUCCGACUCGUCUGAUUCCUCUGACUCCUCCGACUCUGAUUCUUCCGACGACGAGGCUGCCAAGGUCAAGACUGAAGCCGCUCAAGACAGCUCCGACUCAUCUGAUUCGUCCGAUUCCGACUCGUCCUCUGACUCUGACUCCGACUCUGAAUCGGAAGCCGAGGUCGCCGCCAAGGUCCCUCUGCCCGAGUCUGACAGCGACUCGUCCUCUAGCAGCGACUCGGACUCUGAUGCCGAAGAUGUGAAGAAGGAGGUCAAGAAGGAAUCUGCUGCCAACGGCACGGGCUCUGAUACCUCUGCCACACUGGGCAAGGCCUCUCCCGAGUUUGCCCCUCUGCCUCCGGACCCAACUACAUUCAAGCACAACAACAGAGGAAAGAAUGGCAACAAGCGACCACAGAACGAGCCCUUCUCGCGCAUUAAGAAAGACGUCUAUGUUCAUAACGAGUUGUCAUCCAACGCCUAUAUCCAGGACGGCUACGGUCAGAAGGCUCACGAGGACCUGAUUGUCACUCGGGGCAAGGGCUUCACCAAGGAGAAGAACAAGAAGAAGCGUGGUGCCUACAGAGGUGGUCCGCUCGACAUCAACAGAAGCCAAAGUUUCAAGUUCGAUGACUAG